AUUAGCAAGGUUUCUGGGGAGUGCCCAUACCCAACUUCAGCAAUGAUUCAAGCAAACUUCAAGAACCCCAUUUUCAAUGUCUACCAGCUUUAGUUUAUCAUCCUCCUUCAACGAUUCUUGAAAGGUCCCUCUCACCAACAAAUUCACCUAUCUCUCUCCACUCUCGACAAACUCUUCUAAGCCUCACAUUAGCACUGAUGCUCUCCCAGUGCUUCUUUCUCGAGAAGCAAGCACAGCUCAGAAGAACCAGAAAUUCCAGUGAGAGAACCAAAAGGCAUAGUUGAGAGAGAGAGAGAGAGAGAGAGAGAGCAAGAAAAAAAAGAAGGUAGACACUUCACCAUUUCUGGCAACCAUUCAUGGGAUGCAUUGUCUCAAGAUCCGACACACCCCCUGCGGUAAACCCAGAACUCCCCCAUCUCUCUCCGUUUGAUUCUGCAUUUUCUCCAAAUUCUUCACCAUUACCAGCCAAAGCAAGAACUGUUUCUCUUGCAACUCCUCUUGUCCACCACCCGCCAAUCAAGAAAGGUGACACCCACCAUUUGGUCUCUUUGACGUCCAGCACCUAUGGUUCCCUCCUCCUCAUUGACCCCCAGAACACCAGAUUGAACAUCCAAAAUCUGUCUGAGCAGAUGCGUCUACCACAUCCGCAGACUCCCAAAAAAAUGGCUGAGCCUCAAACUCAUGUGGAAGAUAAGAAUGACGCCCCGUCACCGGAUACGGUCAUCAACACCUGGGAACUCAUGGAUGGUCUAGAUGACUUCGAUUCUGAUGGUGAGAAGAACUUCAGGAUGUCUGUUUCUUCCAUUUCACGCAGGCCUUCGGACUACAAUGGCUGUGAGAAGGAAACAGUUGACUCUCCAAAAUCAAAUGAAAUUCCAAAUAAGAUCAGUGGCGAUGAUGAAAUGACAGUCGCUCCAAUGGUGGGACUCAAGGAUCAUUCUCCACCAUCCAAUGACAAGAAUUCUUCUUUAGGCAGAGAGGAUAGGGUAGUUCUGUACUUCACCAGCUUGAGAGGCAUCAGAAAGACUUACGAGGACUGUCGUGCGGUUAAAAUGAUAUUCAGGGGCUUGAGAGUGGCUUUAGAUGAGAGGGACAUUUCGAUGGACUCUUCAUACAGAAAGGAAUUGCAAAGCAAGCUCAAAGACAAGGCAGCGACUCUGCCUCAGGUCUUCAUAAGAGGAAACCACAUUGGAGGUGCGGAGGAGAUCAGGCAGCUCAAUGAGAAUGGAGAUUUGGCGAAGCUUUUGGAGGGACUUGAUGCGAGUGAUAUCGGGCUCGUGUGCAGGACAUGCGGGGAAGCCAGGUUCGUGCCCUGCCCUAGUUGUAGUGGGAGCAGGAAGGUGUUUGACAAGGACGAUGACAGGUUCAGAAGGUGCAUGGAUUGCAAUGAGAAUGGGUUGAUUCACUGCCCUAGCUGCUGCCCAUGAAAGCAGAAUUCUGGAAUCUUUUGCUAUGGCGAGACUAGCAACUUUCUUGUGCUGUGACAUUCGUGUUUCUUGUGCAGUAGGAUUCAUGCCAACGAGUUCCCUCAGAUGGGGUUCCUCUUCUUCGAAAAGUUGCUGUUUUGAACUGUCUUGUCUGCAUUUAUUACUUUCCUCCAUGAAUAAAAGUGAAAUAAACGAAAGAUUCUUUGCGUUCAUGAUAAA